CUUCUUUUAAUACAUUAUGUUGGUAGCAUCUAAAUUGGAAUUAGUUACAAAACAUUUUGCUAGAUGGCAGUAAAAUCUUGACAACUUCCUGUGCAGUGGAAUCUUUUUUAUUCUUUUAAUUAAAAUUCUAUCUUAUACUUCUUAUUAAAAAUAUUUAUAGAGUGAAAUGUAUUUUAUAAUUUUUGUUUAAGUUACUCAAUAAGUUUUUUACAGUUGAUAAACUAUUUUAAUAAUUUAUCUUCAUACGGAAGAGAAACUUGAAUUACGAUUUACGCCAUCGCGCUGCGUUCAACCAACCAACAAGCAUCUGUCUUGGAUUCGGAUCGAUGUUCGGGCCUUUAUUGCGAAGAAGCAUACUUCAAGGUUCUGCAUCGCGAACUUGGAAUUGUUUAAUUAAUUUCACUCAACUACUUUGGUGUAAAUUGAAAUAUAUUGGUGAAUUGAGGAUGCCGCGAACUCGUAGGAAGCACUAUUCGUCUCACUCCAGAUCACGGUCCCGCUCGUACGAGGCGAAACGCCGUCGCCUCGACGAUGGAUCUACAGAAGGAUCUUACAGGAAGCGGAGUCGCAGCAGGGGAGAAAGAGACAGCUCGGAGCACUCGUGGAGGCGGAGAAAUGAACGUUCUAAACGGUCACACCACCGGCGUUCGCCAACAUCACACAGACGGAGGAGGCACCAUCGCGACGAGUCUUCGCCACGUUCCCCCCCUGAACAGAGCUCCCGGGCACGCUCCUCCGUCAAGGACGACAAGGACGGACAUCUGGUCUACUGGCCCGGAUAUGUCAUGGGAGCGAGAUACAAAAUCAUCGAUACGCUCGGUGAGGGCACCUUCGGCAAGGUGGUCGAGGUGAAGGACUUGGAAUUGGAGCACAGAAUGGCUCUGAAGAUAAUCAAGAAUGUUGAGAAGUACAGAGAGGCUGCAAAACUCGAGAUAAAUGUAUUAGAAAAGUUAGCUGAAGUUGACCCUGAUUGUAAAAACUUAUGUGUUAAGAUGUUGGACUGGUUCGAGUACCACGGACACAUGUGCAUCGCAUUUGAAAUGCUCGGCCAGAGUGUAUUUGACUUCCUGAAAGACAAUAAUUACCAGCCGUACCCGCUAGAGCAGGUCCGGCACAUCGCGUACCAGCUCAUAUACAGCGUGCUGUUCCUACAUGACAACAAGCUCACACACACUGAUCUCAAGCCAGAGAACAUUCUCUUCGUCGACAGCGACUACGAAGUCGUCAGCGUGUACAACGCCUCUAAAAAGAAACAUGACCUAAUGCGUGUGAAGCGAAGUGACGUCCGGCUCAUUGACUUCGGAAGCGCCACCUUUGACCAUGAGCACCACAGCACUAUCGUGUCAACCAGGCACUACAGGGCGCCCGAAGUUAUACUAGAACUGGGGUGGUCACAGCCGUGUGAUGUUUGGUCUAUUGGCUGCAUCAUGUUCGAGCUCUACCUUGGGAUCACACUCUUCCAAACACAUGACAAUAGAGAACAUCUCGCCAUGAUGGAGAGAAUCUUAGGACCUAUACCCUACAGAAUGGCGCGCAAAACCAAAACAAAAUACUUUUACCACGGCAAAUUAGACUGGGACGAGAAAUCGUCAGCUGGCAGAUACGUCAGAGAAAACUGUAAACCACUAAUGAGGUACCUGCAGAGUAACAGCGAAGAAUCGCGGCAGUUGUUUGACCUGAUCGCGCGCAUGCUGGAGUACGAGCCCUCACAACGGAUCACGCUACGAGAGGCACUCAAGCAUCCUUUCUUCAACAAACUUCCACAGCACCAGAGGCUCGGCAAUGACCGGUUGCGAUGCAAUGGUGAAAGCUCAGCGUCCCGCGAACGGUCGCACUCGCUCAGCAGGUGAGCGGUAGUCGGGCGCCGUGAGGCUCGAGCCGCCGGCGUCUGAGUCCCGGCCCGGUCCCCGGCCGCCCCGCCCGGUCCGGCUCGGCUUGGCCAGGCCCGGCCCGGCCCGGCGGCCCGCAGUACAGCGAUAGUCAAAAUGGCGCGGCCGCAUCGUGCCCGCCGUCCGUGUAAACUUGUACAGUUGUAAUGAAGUGAUAAGUGAUAAUUAUUUUGUCGAACAUUGUAAUCUAGGUAAUAUUUUGUUGUGAAUCGGUACUUCUCAAUUUGUAUUUAUAAAGUAACUAUUAUUCGAAAUAAAGACUGUCAGUCUGAUUAAA